CGACAGGCGCGGCAUACGGGCGGCGAGAGUGAGAGGGGUCUGAGGGCUGCUGGGGCAGGGUGAGGGCGGAGGAGGCGGCGCUGCCAUUCCCUGUGUGUGUGGCUGGUUUCCUGUAUCCUCGCACCCCCGGCUCCCGCUUCCUCUCUCUUGUCUCCCAAGCCCUUCAUGUGAGGAGGGGCCCCCGCAGCUCGCUGCUCUCGACCGGGGCAGAGAGAAAGAAGUGGGGGGAAAGGGUAGUUUGUUUCCCCGUGUGAAUACAGAGCCUCCCUCCACUUCCCAGGUGCUCGGACAAGAGCAGCCCGAACCGCAAUGGCGUCCAACACGGACAGGGAGAUCAUCCUGACCGACUAUCAGGACACCCGGAGCCAUAUGUCAACUGAACACAUGGGUAUUCACCAGAAAGUAGAUUUUUCCGACCCCCAGACUCAACCUAAUUUGGAUGAAAUCAAGGACCAGAUAAAACGUGAAAUUAGAAAAGAACUUAAAAUUAAAGUAGGAGCUGAAAACCUGCGAAAGGUCACGACAGACAAAAAAAACUUGGCUUAUGUGGACAAUAUUUUGAAAAAGUCAAAUAAGAAGCUGGAAGAAUUACAUUAUAGUCUCCAAGAGGUGAACGCGCACAUUGUUGUGCGAGAAGCAGAAGACCUUCCAGACUGUCCAAAGACACCAGACACUCCUAAAAGCGAGCCUGGAACCUCAACGAACAAUGGGAAGUUAACGGCUUUGCAGAAACAGUUGGAUAUUGAGCUGAAAGUGAAGCAAGGGGCAGAAAACAUGAUUCAGACAUAUUCUAAUGGUCCAUCUAAAGAUCGGAAACUUCUUGGCACUGCCCAGCAAAUGCUUCAGGAUAGCAAGACAAAAAUAGAAGUCAUACGCAUGCAGAUUCUACAGGCUAUGCAACAAACCCAUGAAAUGUCUUUUGAUAAUGCAAAACCUGUCAUUAGUCCACUGGAGCUUCGACUGGAAGAGUUACGGCACCAUUUCAGGAUAGAGUUUGCAGUUGCUGAAGGUGCCAAAAAUGUAAUGAAGCUGUUGGGCUCUGGAAAAGUUACAGACAGAAAAGCUCUUUCAGAGGCUCAGUCGAGAUUCAACGAGUCAAGUCAAAAGCUGGAUCUCUUGAAAUAUUCAUUAGAACAAAGGCUCAGUGAACUUCCCAAAAACCAUCCCAAGAGCAGUAUUAUCAUUGAGGAGCUCUCCCUUGUUGCCUCUCCAACUUUAAGUCCACGCCAAAGUAUAAUUUCUACACAGAACCAGUACAGUACGCUGUCCAAACCAGCAGCCCUAACAGGCACUCUAGAUGUUCGCCUCAUGGGAUGCCAGGAUAUUCUAGAGAAUGUCCCAGGCAGAUCGAAGGCCACCUCAACCACGCUGCCUGGCUGGAGUCCCAGCGAAGCGAGAUCCUCAUUUAUGAGUAGGACAAGUAAAAACAAAAGUGGCAGCAGUCGGAAUCUUCUGAAGACGGAUGACAUUUCCAAUGAGGUUUGUGCUGUGUUGAAGCUGGAUAACACUGUAGUUGGUCUAACAAGCUGGAAACCGAUUUCCAAUCAGUCAUGGGAUCAGAAAUUUACACUGGAGCUGGAUAGGUCCCGGGAGCUGGAGAUUUCAGUGUUUUGGCGUGAUUGGCGAUCAUUGUGUGCCGUAAAGUUUCUGCGGUUGGAAGAUUUCUUGGACAACCAGAGACAUGGCAUGUGCCUCUACCUGGAGCCUCAGGGCACCCUGUUUGCAGAGGUAACCUUUUUCAAUCCAGUUAUUGAGAGACGGCCAAAGCUUCAGAGGCAAAAGAAAAUUUUCUCAAAGCAACAAGGAAAAACAUUCCUGCGUGCUCCUCAGAUGAAUAUUAAUAUUGCCACAUGGGGCAGGCUGGUGAGACGUGCAAUUCCAACAGUUAAUCAUUCUGGGACCUACAGCCCCCAAGUUGAUGUUCCAACGUCGGUGCCUGUCUUGGAUCCACACAAUCUGGAACUGCCCCCCUUAGCCUGUGAGUCUCCUAUCACAAAGUUGGAAUUUGAGCUAGAACCAGAACCCCCCCCUGCUCCACCCCGGACAUCUUCACAUGGUGAUCUUGAUCAGACCCCUCAAGAUGUUAAGCCAUCGCAUGUACCAGUUAAGGUUUCUGACACAAGUUAUGAAUAUCCAGACAAAAGAAAUAAUAGAAUUUCAAAGCCUACAGUUGAAAUACCCAAGGAACCAGACAUCAUGGUGUCAGACCUGAACUUCAGCGCUGCCAGAGAGGCUGAGAACCGGCUAAUUCAGCAAAGGUUCCAGUUUGGCCUGCAGGAUUUCAGGUGUUGUGCUGUCCUUGGUAGGGGACACUUUGGGAAGGUUUUGCUUGCGGAAUACAAAAGUACACAUGAAAUGUUUGCCAUUAAAGCACUAAAAAAAGGAGACAUUGUUGCACGAGAUGAGGUUGACAGCCUCAUGUGUGAAAAGCGCAUUUUUGAAACGGUCAACAGUGUAAGGCACCCAUUUUUAGUCAACCUUUUUGCCUGUUUCCAAACGCAAGAUCAUGUAUGUUUUGUAAUGGAAUACGCAGCUGGCGGGGACCUCAUGAUGCACAUCCACACAGAUGUAUUUUCCGAACCUAGAGCUGUGUUUUAUGCUGCUUGUGUUGUUCUCGGGUUGCAGUACUUACAUGAUCACAAGAUUGUUUACAGGGACCUGAAGUUGGAUAAUCUUCUGUUGGAUACGGAAGGAUUUGUUAAAAUUGCAGACUUUGGACUCUGUAAAGAAGGAAUGGGGUUUGGUGACCGGACGAGCACGUUCUGUGGAACACCGGAGUUCCUGGCACCAGAAGUUCUAACGGAGACCUCCUACACCCGAGCUGUUGACUGGUGGGGCCUCGGUGUGCUUAUUUAUGAAAUGCUUGUUGGAGAGUCUCCCUUUCCAGGUGAUGAUGAAGAGGAGGUAUUUGAUAGCAUAGUCAAUGAUGAGGUCAGGUAUCCACGGUACCUAUCAACUGAAGCUAUCUCAAUAAUGAGACGGCUUUUGAGGAGAAAUCCAGAGAGGCGUCUAGGGGCAAGUGAAAAGGAUGCCGAAGAAGUGAAGAAACAUCAUUUCUUUAGGCAAAUAGAUUGGGAGGCAUUGUUGGCAAAGAAAGUGAAGCCUCCGUUUGUACCAACUAUCAAAGGACAGGAAGAUGUGAGCAAUUUUGAUGAUGAAUUUACCUCCGAAGCUCCCAUUCUGACACCUCCCCGGGAGCCAAGGGUAUUAACGGAGGAAGAGCAGGAUGCAUUCAGAGAUUUUGACUACAUCGCAGAUUGGUGUUGAUUGGAAAACUGUGAAACUGAAGAGAACUGAUUGUUUUAGGCAACCGGUGAUAUCACGAAUACAAGACAGCCCUAAACGCCUUGUGCCAUCUUCAGUCUAUGAUUAUUUUUAUUUUUUAAAUCACAUGAAGAUUCUUUUAAAGUGUUUUUAAAUAUAUAAACUCUGCUCAAAAGUGGCCACUUUCGGUGUAUAUAUGCCCAUUGUUUUUUUGUUUUUAAUUUUUUUUUUCUAACAGAGCACUGGAAAACAAUUGUAUGUCUGGUCCAGAUGAUCACAAGGAUGUAUUCUCUCACAUUCAUAUCAGUACUGUACCCUUUGUUGUUGGCAGAUAAUAUGCAACCACUUGGUGUUGCUGACAUGCAGAUAAUGAUGCUUUAUUCUGCAUAUUUUUUACUCCGUUUGAGCAAAUGUAAUCUUUUGCAGUAGCCUUUCAUUUUCGUUCUUCUGUACAUUGGAUUCUGUUGGCCAUACAUAUGUGUAUAUAUGGAAA